GUUAGCUUUCAAGGUUUGCCCCGCCUCAUCGUCAUGCGCCGUCUCCGCCCUUGCAUCUAGGCUUAGAGACGGCAGCUGCUAGCUGUACUGGUACUUACCUACCCACAGCCGUCCAUGUAAGUAUUGGAGGUUUGGAGGUAGAAUGCGCGAACAACGCAAGUACCUACCCUAAUUAAACCUUAAUUCUAACAUUGAAUCUAUUUUCCCUCACGACUAUAUUCUUUCCGAAAGUCGCACGACAAUGAGAUUGUUCUGAUACGAGACCCGCAACUCAUUUACCGUUGUCGCCAAAUACCGAGACCUGCGUUACUUAAGGUAGCACCUUCGUGACAGCCCUCUAACAGCUUUCCCGGCAAAAAUCACAUGCAUUUGAUCAAAGCUAGGACCUAGCUGUCGCCUCGCGAAUUUAACGAAGCGAAGCAUUUUACGGCGUCUACAUACCUACCUUUCUACAUUUCUAUUCAAACCCGACCCGAGACGGAUAGCCCUUGUUUCUAACCAUACUGAUAUUCGACAUCUAAUCCAUUUUGCUAUCCCUAUAAAAUACCUAAAUAUGGGCCGCCCUCCGGCUUACAUAUUCAUAGUUAGGCACGGUAACCGCCUCGAUGCCACAGACAAGCAAUGGCACCUUUCCUCGCCUACUCCUUAUGACCCCCCUUUAACAUACGGAGGAUGGAUGCAGUCCAAGACCGUCGGAGCAAGGAUUGCUUCUAUUUUGCAAGAGAGAGAAGAAUACGAUGAGGCUGAGGCUGAGGCUGAGGCUGCCGCCGCCGAUCACAAACCCGACACGGCUUCUGUCAAGCAGAAGAAGCGCCGCUACAGGGUUGUGAUACAUAGUUCGCCAUUCCUUCGUUGUACACAGACAUCCGUAGCGAUAGCUGCUGGCCUGGCUUCGAGUUCCUCGGUUCCUGCGAUGGUAUCCGUCGAACGAUCUCCAUCUCCGCGCAAUACGCCAUCGCCGCCACCGAACUACGUCGAGAAAUCCGUUUUGCGACUCGACCCCUUCCUCGGCGAAUGGCUAUCCCCCGACUACUUCGAACAUAUUACGCCGCCCCCUAAAUCGAGCCUGAUGCUGAUGACUGCGAAAGCCGAGCUUUUGCGGAGGGAAAACUACAACGAUUACCCUCACUUUCACAGUCGACAUGCUCCAAAUGCUCCGACUCAGUUAUGGAAUGCUUCCGCUGGUCGAGGGAGCCCCUUAGCGACAUCUAUGACCCCCAGUUCCGAUGUUCCUUCUGGACUUGAAACCCUUUCUGCUCUGAAGGGUGGCUUGCCAAAAGUCUCGAGCGAAUCGGCUGGACACCUGGACCCGAAGGCCGCACAUAAGGUUUCCUCUGACCCGUCUUGGAAUCCAGGUUACGUAGCUCCCGUUCCUUCAUAUGCUCUCUCAACUAGCGAGCCUAUCCCGAAGGGCUAUUCUGCACAUGCCCGCGACGCCUGUGUCAACAUCGACUACCAAUGGGACUCUAGUAGGGACAAUCUAGGCUGGGGAGAGGGGGGUGUCCUACCUGAAGAUUGGGCGGCGAUGCAUCAGAGGUUUAGGAAAGGGUUGUGUCGGUUAGUCGAGUGGUAUAGUACUACGGAAAAUCCGGGAGAGAUGGUGACCAAAACGGUCUCCAAUCCGAAAUCGGUUCAUCCUCCGCAAAAGGGGGGUAGCUCUGGUGGUCUAGCCGUUAGCGACGAUCAGGAAGUUGAGAUCGAAGACGUAGUUGUCCUUGUUUCUCAUGGUGCUGGUUGCAAUGCUCUCAUCGGUGCCAUCACGCAUCAGCCUGUGCUGAUUGAUGUUGCGAUGUCGUCGAUUACGCUGGCGCAGCGAAAACCCGAAUUCGAUGACGGGGUAAAUUUAAAGAUCUAUAAUGGACACGCUUCUUCGGUCGAGGAACCUCUAUCAACCAAGCGGCCUACGAUGUCGGAAAUGUUCGAACUGAAGCUAUUCGCUAACACAGAACAUCUCCAUUCUCCCAUGGCCGCGCCCAUCAUCAGCCGUUCUUCUUCGUCCGGCAGCCGUAAUUCUCAUGGUCGACUUAACAAUGGCUUUAGUUCCGCGCUACAGGAUGUCAAUUUGGCCGCUUCGUUAUACGGAAGUCCGACGCUGGGUAGCCGCAGCACUUCAGUCAACGCGUCGCUCGGUAGUAUGCGAAGAGGGUCCCCGGUGCUGGGGUCUUCCAUUCGGCCGACGGUCCCUAACGGUACGAUCAGCGGAGGAAUAACUGUCGGCAGCGGCGUCUCUAGUUUCCCGUCGACCCGAGCGAAUCGAUCAGGUUCGAUAGGUCUAUGGACACCGCCAACUCAAGAAGAUGAGGUGGGGAUGAAGGUAGAAACGCCGUCGCUGACGAUUCCCAAACAUGAAGGUGGGGUACCAAAGGGAAAGGUCGAGGCAUCCCCAAAGACGCAAGCGCAUGGCUCUAAUUCUAACAACGUGGAGUCUAGAGAGUCGACGGAUAAGGUCGCCUCGAAACCAGACAAACUAGACUCGCAAUCCGAACAUGGCGAAGAGCACGACAGCUUUGACGAGAAUGCGUUUCCGAGCCUCUGGCCCGGCACAAAUAACGGGGGCCUCUGGGGUUCGCCCCGACCACCAGGAGAAGCCGAAAGAAUCCGGGAUUUCAGCUCGACGAAACGACGAUGGACGGUCAACGAACGAUGAAUCCCGGUCCCUCCCAACGAAAUUCGACUUGCUUAGAAGGAUCCAAAUUACUAACAUUCGAUGGGUUUUCUCUCGAAUCUUGAACGAGACAACGCCCUACCAAAUAUUAUCUAUCCAAAAGUGACGGCUAACCCAGCGCAUCGGACGGCGGCAUCGACAACUCGAAAAAUUUCUAGGCAUAUUAGCGAAUCUUUUAAUGGACUGUACUAUUUCUCUAUUUUCUUAGCCCCCGGAGUAUAUAUGUCGUUGAUAUCGUGGGCAAUUCCUAAAAAAAGGAGGUCGGCGUCUUCAAACUUUCCACUCUACCCAUACCCAUCUCUUUAACUCCCCUAUUUCGUGGUUGUUUCCUGUUUUUUUUUUUUUUUUGAGAAGAUACCUCUCGGUCUGUCGAUAUUUGCAUUGCCCUAGGGAAUAAGAAAGGGGUCCGAGUGAGAGAAGGACCCGAGGGCUGGAGUUCAAAUUGUAGUGAUAUCAAAUGAAGUGUGCUAAGUUAGGAACGCUUGAGGAAAGCUCGGGGAAUACUUGGCUAUCCAUGAUCCAUAGAUGAAUGAGUGAAUUCUACAUCAUCAGGAACUGGAUAUCUAUGAGACCUACUUGUUGAGUGACUUAUAAUGUAUGAUGCGUAAUGUCUUAUCUUGACUUGCUAAACUUUGAUUGGUGGCAUAUCGGUUAUACGAUUCUCAAAUACACCUAUUGCCGACAUGUUGGGAU